GGCUUGACACAGGUCUAAGCACACGGCACAUUUACCUUGAAUAGACUAGUCUGACCGAAUGCGCCUUCGGAACAACUCGCAUAUUACCGACAAGCGGUGUAACAGUAAAAUUAUCCACCGGUCAUGCUAUCUGGACUUACGAGGUUGCGAGGAUGGGCGUCAGGGGUGCAGGCGGUACGUUUACUUACAGCACAAGCUGAUACCAAGGUGGCUGUAGAUAAAUCACUCCUCAGCAAGUUACGGAAAAAGACCGGUUACCCAAUGAUUAACUGUAAACAAGCUUUAGAACAGUUUAACAAUGACAUAAAACAGGCUGAGGCCUGGAUGAGGGAGGAAGCACAGAAAGCUGGCUGGGCGAAGGCAGGUAAACUUGGUGACCGGCCCAUGUCACAGGGACUUGUAGGAAUGAUACAGGAUGACUCAUCGGUUACUAUAGUAGAGGUAAAUUGUGAGACAGAUUUUGUGGCAAAGAAUGAGAAAUUUCAAGCUUUAGUGACCCAAAUUGCAGAGGCAUGUCAUAAAAACAUGACUACAAGAAAUGAAGAUAAGAUGUUGUUAGAAAAGGAAACAUUAAAUUCUCUCAAAGAUGGUGAGAAAACAUUAGCAGAUUAUGUUGCCUUGGAAAUUGGGAAUUUAGGUGAAAAUAUAGCAUUACGAAGAGCAGCUUUUGUUAGAAAUGAUCCAUCAACUGUGAUGAGCACAUUUGUUCAUGUUGCAGGUCCAGAGAUUUCAAAAGAUAGAUGUAAAAUGGGCAAAUUUGCAGCUAUAGUGAAAGUCGAAGUUCCUGACACUGAAAGCAUAGCCAAAGAACUUUGUCAGCAUGUGGUUGGUAUGAACCCAACGGAGAUUGGAGAAUGGGAUAUCAAACCAGUGGAUAAAAAAGAGGCAAAGAAAAAGAGGAAAGAAAACGUUGAAGCUAUCUCUAAUGAAAGACCAGAGCCUGUGGAAGUUAAGACACUACUAGAUCAGGAGUUUUUACUAGAAUCUGGUGUCAGUGUUAGAAAGUAUCUACAAGACUCUGGACCUAAAGUGUUAGAUUUUAUAAGAAUAGAAUGUGGUGAGGAGCUAGGUGAAGAUGAUUGAAGUUUAGUGUUACAUAAUAAUUGAAACAAUGUUGAAGAAAUUUAUAGUUUUGAAUUUUUCUUAAGUUGCCAGUAUUCAUGCAAGAGGAUUAUAAUUAAUUAAAAUCUGAUUAUAUAUGAA